AUGCCGCUCGAGCAGACCGUCUACAUUGUCAACAACUCGGGCAAAAUCAUCAGCUCCGGAAAGCAGCUGCUAUCGAUAUUCAAAGAGGCGAAAGCAUCCUAUCAGGAGAAGAAGGCCCAGAUCAAGGGAGAGCGUACCUUGCAACGAUCACAGACAUUUGCGCCUCGGUCCUCCGUUGCACCUCACCGACUAGAAGAUUACUACGAAGAAGAGGACGAGGACGACUAUCGUGGUAACAGCAGAAGCCAGCCUCGCAAACUACGCGAAUACGAAGAUAUACACCAGAAACCACGCCGCCGGUCAUACGAUGCAGCCAGUGAUGCCGGCUCAAGACGCAGCCACCGACACAGCACAAAACACCAUGGCUCCAGCAGCCGCAGCAUCAAAGGGCCGCCCCCAACUACGACGGCGCUGACGGCAAAGAACCUCAAGGCAGCCAGCGAGGCAUCGAGUACGAAGCCAUCAAACACGAUUCCCAAGUCCUACCGCAGCCCCUACGCAGAGACUCUACCGCUAGAUCAAUCUCGCAUGGAUCUCACACAAAUCGGCUCAAGAAGCAUGGCCCCAGCCCAAAGUGCAGCGUUAUUGCCUCGCUCACACUCCGAAGCCGAUUUUCAAAGACUCAAAAAGUACAAGGAAAUUGAUCUCAAUCUCGCCUAUGGUGAGAUUCCCCCGGAUCUCGAGAGCAGAAUUGACUUGGACCCGACGCGUGAGAAGGAAGCAAAGGCGCUGUCUGCCAAGAACCUCGUCAAACAAAUCGAAGGCCUGCUGGAUGAAGCAAACUGUGUACAACAUACUGCUGGUGCCAUGAUUAAGCAUCUGCAAGAAAAGCCCGAGGCGGCUGCAGCUGUUGCCUUUUCGCUGGCAGAGCUGUCUAAGCUGGUGGCCAAGCUCUCUCCCGCCGUGCUCGGUCUGCUACAGGGAGGCUCACCCGCUGUAUUUGGCCUUCUUGCGUCCCCUCAGUUUCUCAUUGGUACUGGCCUGGCUGUGGGUGUCACUGUCGUCAUGUUUGGUGGCUGGAAAAUGAUUAAGCAGGUUAAGGAGGCCCGCGCGGCAAAGGAAGCCCUUGCUUGGGAAGCCUCCCCCCAAGCUUCCCAAGCUCGACCUGUCCUGCAACGUGCUCACAGCUUGCACUCGUCGCAGUCUGCUGGCUAUGAUGAAGCUUUGGUGGUGGAAGAAGAGCUCAGCGUGAUUGAGUCGUGGAGACGGGGCAUCGAGCCCUUCCGAGAUGAUGAGAGCGCGGAUAUUGAGCUCAUCACACCAGAGGCUGAUCGAGCCACCCGUGCUGACGAGCGUGAGCGCCGCGAUGAGGACAUCUUUGACACAAGAUCGCAUAGAAGCGCAGCUCGCACACACCGCACCGAUCGAACGCACAAGACACACAAGACGGAGCGAACCCAUCGAACAGAAAAGACGGAACGAACACACAAAACAGACAAGACGGAACGAACACACAAAACAGACAAGACGGAACGAACAUACAGAACAGCCAAGACACAAAGAGCAGUAGAUGAUGAAGCUCUCGAGACAAAGUCCCAUCGCAGCACAAGGACUCAUCGAACCGAGCACAAUGAGCGAAGAGCAGUUGAUGAUGAGGCUCUUGAGACAAAAUCCCAUCGCAGCACACGGACACACCGAACAGAACAUAGCGAGCGAAGCGCGCGGACCGAUGAGAUGCACGAUCUCAUUGUGGAAGAUAACUUUGAUAUUGCUUCACAGCGAAGUGCCCGCACCCAUCGCACUAGCAAAACAACACUCACGAGCAAAACAAGCAAGACCAACAAGACCAACAAGACGGAGCGCAUGCACAAGACGUACAAGAGCAAACUUGGCGCAGAAGUCCCUCGUUCAUCCAAAGAGAGCGUCAUUGACAUUCCCAUCGGCGCUGCCUCUGAGAUGGGCCAUGUCACCAGCAAAGGCAAGGGCCGUGCGAUGCUCGCCAUUGAGGAUGGCAGUGCCCAGCGUGCUCGCGAUGACUUGGAUCUCGUGAUGCGCCCUCGCGUCCAGCGCCGCGAAAGUGACCUGCUCAAGGCGCUGUUUAAAGGUAAAAAGGAUAAGAGCCGGAGUGAGCUCGUCCUGGUUUAA